GCCGGGGCGGGCGCAUUGUGCGCAGGCGCGAGGCACGCUCGUUGCGCUCAGGCCUCCGCGGUCGCUGGCCCCUGCGACCCACUGUCCCCGCGCAGUCAUGGCGGCGGUCAGGGCUCUGGUGGCGCCCCGGCUGGCGGCGGCCUCCGCGUUCGCGCCGCUCCAUGCACCCGCCCCGCGCGCGGCCCUACACAGCUCCGCGCCGCGGCCCCGGGCCAGGGUCGCGCUGGUGCUGUCUGGAUGCGGAGUCUACGACGGGACUGAGCUCCACGAGGCCUCAGCGGUACUGGUUCACUUGAGUCGUGGCGGGGCUGAGGUCCAGAUCUUUGCUCCUGACGUCCCUCAGAUGCACGUGAUUGACCACUCCAAGGGGCAGCCUUCUGAGAGCGAGACCAGGAACGUUCUGACGGAGUCUGCAAGGAUCGCCCGCGGCAAGAUCGCCGACCUGGCCCGGCUCAGCGCGGCCGAUCACGAUGCUGCCAUCUUCCCCGGAGGCUUCGGAGCCGCCAAAAACCUGAGCACCUUCGCCGUGGACGGAAAAGACUGCAGAGUCCACAAAGACGUGGAGCGCGUCCUGAAGGAGUUCCACGAGGCUGGCAAGCCUAUCGGCUUGUGCUGCAUCGCUCCCGUUCUCGCAGCCAAAGUGCUCCGUGGCGUCGAGGUCACCGUGGGCCACGAGCAGGAGGAAGGCGGCAAGUGGCCCUACGCGGGGACCGCAGAGGCCAUCAAAGCCCUGGGCGCCAAGCACUGUGUGAAGGGGGUGACCAUAUCCUUUCUGGCAGCCAGGGUGGCGGUGGCGGUGGCUCCGGGGACCCCUCCUCUGGCUCUUGAACCGGGAGCUGCACUGCCGGGGGCACCUGCGAGCACAUGCGUGACACGUGUAGGGUCCGAUGCCGGCACGUGUACCUCCCUGGCCGUGUUUCCAAGUCGGCCUGGUGGAUGCGGGCUGGGUUCGGCACACCCCAGGCACAAAGGGCCACCUGAUCAGGCGAGCGGUCGGCCUCAGGCUCGACGGGGAUGGCUUUCUGGGUGGGAGGCUGGGAGCUGCCUGCCAGUGAGGGGAGUGAGCUUGCGCCCCACGGUGGGGUGGAGGCUGCCCGUGGAUGGGAGCAGUACCGGGGGGUUUCCUGGCUUUGGUGGAAGUUCCCUGGUGGUGUGGACAGGAGCCAGCCCGGUGGCCUCAUUGGUCCCUGAUCCUCCUGCGGGUGCCCGAGCACUGUGCACACAGAGCCUCAGGCCAGGGCCGACCACGACCCAGGUCCACACCUGGACCCAGACCCAAGGAACAGAGCAGCACGGUGUCCCGGAAGGUGCUGGAGACAACACCGUGACCCUGGGUGUCUGUCUCGAAGGUGCUUUUCUCUCCUUGGAGGGCUGUUUGGCUUACAGACAGUUUCGGUUAAGUGCCCACCUCCCUCCUGCGCAGAGCGGCCGGCCCACCCAGCAGCUGUGUGGGUGGAGCUGGCCCGGGGCCUUUGCAGUAGGUCCGGGAGGGCACCUUAUAGGGAGGGGGCAGGGCCAGUCCCAUCAGCGCUUGGCGUCUGCCCGACCAGGGCGAGAGCUCGGCUUGUGUCGGGGGAGGGUCCCGGGUCGGACUGGCCUCUUGUGGCGGACGCUCGCAGCGGCUCUCUGUUCCGGUUUCUCAGACGAGGUUGCUGUGGGGCCGGCGCUCCUGUGUGCGCAGCCCAGGUCUGCGGGCGGGCCUGGGUCCCGUGGGGCCUGCCACCGUGAGGGGUCCGAGGAAACCAGCGCUGGGCUCACUGAGGUCGGGACGCGUGUGCUCUGGUUACGGGGUGUGAGUGGCAUGGGACGUGGACCCUGGCCGCGGGGACUGCGGCAGGAAGGAUCCCCCGUUUGGAGCUCCAUCGAGAAGGGCGGCGGAGCACACUCUGGGGGUGGGCGGGGGCGGGGGUCAGGGUGGCGCUUCACGCCCGCCACCCGUGUGUCCUUGCCGGGUGACUGUUUUCCGUAACUUCCGUGCACGAAGCUCACGUGGACCAGAAGAACAAGGUGGUCACGACCCCGGCCUUCAUGUGCGAGACGGCGCUCCACCACAUCCACGACGGGAUCGGGGUCAUGGUGAAGAAGGUGCUAGAACUCUGUGGGAAGUGACAGCGCCGUGAGCCCCGCCUCCUCCACCAGGUGGAGCUAGUGGCCUGGCUUCCCGUGCUGCCUGCCGUGUGGCAGGAAUUCGAUUCUCUGCUUGCAUCUAUGGGUGCUUUUUGUCUGAAGAGGAAUCCUUGGCUGGGGUCGGCGGACGGCGUUCCUUCCGCUUGGUGGAGGCAGGCAGGGCCCGCACUGAGCCUGCGGCUGGUACCUGCUUGGUGCCUGCGGGCGCGGGGGUGGCUGACAUCCUCCUGUGACAGAGAUUAAAAUGGGACCUGCUCUUUCAGGAGAAGAAUUGGGGCACAACAUCCCACAAUCUUAGGUUUGGCCGGCUGUAGGGUCCUUGGUGUCUGGGGGGGGAGAAUUUUUAAGUUUGUGGGUCUGGUAAUUAGGAAACCACGUCACUGAACUUCUUGGUGAUUGAGAACUCUGUAACUUGGAGUAAUGCGUUCAAAAAUGACACGGGGGCUUCAUUUGAGGCCGGGGGAGUUUGCUUUCCCAAAUGGACGCUGGGACGGCCGCGUGUUGGGCCUCCUGAAGCUGGCACGCGGGAGCCCAAACCAGGGUUCUAGCUUUCCAGAGAGGGGGGGAGGGUGUGGCAGCCGGUCUGUGUGGUCGGCCUGCUGGGCGGAGACCGUCGGGUUGGUCCCAGGCCACGAGCAACAAACAGCCGGUGUCGGAUGUACAGAGCAGGGGCAAUAAAGCGUCUUGUAGCCGCACCA